AUGCAACAAAAAUAUUGUGAUGAAUGUGAGGAAACUAAAGCUAAGAUUAAUUGUAAUUAAUGUGGUCAAAUUCUAUGUGAAUUAUGCGAUAAGAAAAUUCAUAAUAAAGGAAAAAGAGUUUAUCAUUCUAGAGAACUGAUUGAAACAUCUGAUUCUAUUGAAUCUAACAAAAUUAAAUAAGAUGCUCAUGUUAUAAGACAUGAACAACAUAAAGAAAGAUUUAAAUAAAUAAAUAGCAACUUACCAUCUGUUGAUGUAGUUAAUUUCAAUCUUAUUAAUAUUUAAACAGAAACACCUAUGAUUUUUUAAAAUGAGUAUAUAAUCAUUUUAUCUAAGUCUAAAUUUAGCUAAAAUUGAGGACCAUUUAUUCAAAUAAGCAAAUAAAGGAGAUCUUAUGAUACAUUUAAAUGAUUUUUAGAAAUUUUUAAAAUAGAAUGAAAUCUAUAAAAUUAAUCAGUAAGAAUCAAUUAACAUCUAGAUCAAAAGAUAUCAUCUAAUAAUUAGAGAAAGUUAAAAUGAUUAAUGUUACUAUAAGGAAAUUUGGUGAUAGUGAUCCAAUCUAAUUUAUUAGCCUUCAGUUAGAUCACAUUAGUUUAUAAUCAUUAUAUUGGGUUUUAUUAAAUAUUAGAAAAGAUGAAAUGACUCCAACUGAUAAAUUAGUAAUGAGUAGAAUUAAGGAAUGUUAUGGUUUGAAAUUGAAUAUAUAAGAUUGGAAUCAUUAUUUAGCUGGAUUUUAUAAAUUAUAAGAUUCAAAUGGAUUAAUUUAAUUUAAUGUAAAAAAAUAUAAAUAAAACAAAUGGAUAGAUGAAAAAUGCAUAAUAAAAAUGACUAAGUGUCCUAUAGAUUUAGUAAAUAAAUCUGAAAAUAACAAUGCCUCUCUAUCUACUUCUCAACAAAUUAAUAAUGAAUAAUUAUUAUUAUUUACAAUUGAAGAUAAUGUUAAUUGGAAAAUGAUGGAUGCUUAAUAAAUGAGUUCUACAUAUAAAAGUUAAUGGAGAUCAUUUAUUUAAUUUUUAAAAGACUUUUUUGAUACCAACCUUACUUUAAAUACAAGUUAAAAUACUUAGUCAUUUGGAGAUUUAAAUUAAUCAGAUUAUUAAUCAUAGACUUCAAAAUAAAGUGGAACAUAAUCAGUACCAACUUAGAAAAAUUAGGAUAAUUCUAAAUGGAUUCGAAGUGUUGAAUCAGGAUUACAAAAUGUUUAGAAAAGUAUGGAACAAUAUCAUGAUUAAAGUUACUCUUCAAAUAUUACAUAAAAGUAUUUUUAGUAUUUUAACAUCUAGAAAAAGAAGUAAAAAAAGUUAGAUUAAACCACCAAAAUCAAUACAAAAGGCAAUACCCGGAGGUAAAUAUGGUUGUGCAUAACUUCUGAAAUGUUGUGGUCCUUUAGAAUUGAGAGUCUGUUCAAUGGGAGUUUUAUGUUUAAUGAUUUAGGAAGCUAUUAAUAGAAAUGUCCUUAUUUAUUAUAAAACAUUAUUAAUCAAACCGAAUACUAACAUAGCUUUUGAUUUCAAUGAUUUCUUAAAUAUUUUCGAUGAACUUUAAGAUUAAUUCAUUUUAUAGAAUAUUUUAGGAAAUGAAGAAAUUUAAUAGCUCUCUAUUGAUAAAUAAUAGUAAUAGCAUGAAAAAUAGAAUAAAUUAAAGGCAGUUUAACAAGCUAUUAUUGAUAUAUUGAAUGAAUAUACUAAAGGUAUUAGUUUAGCAAGAUUACCCAAGAUGAUUUAACGUAAAAUUUAAUUUACUUUUGAUUUACAUGAAUUAGGAUUUACUAAAUUGAAAUGUUUAAUCUAAGGAAUUGAUGGAAUAAGUAUAAUAAAUGAUGGAACUACUUAUGCCUCACUUAUUUUAGAUGAAUAUUAUGAUGAUACUAAUGAUAUAAAGUAAGAAUAAGAAGAUGAUCAAUAACUUUAAUAAGUUAAAAUUGAUCUUAAUUAUUUCUAAAAACAAUCAUAAUAAUAAUCAUAGAAUUCUUAACAUUUAUAACUUUAGCAAUAAUAAACAUAAUAAUAAUAAUCUUAAUAAUAAUAGUAACAAUUAUAAUUUUUAUCUCCAAUUCAUGCAUCUGAAUAUUAAUUAAAAAUUGAAGUAAAUAUCUUCUUUAUUAAUAGUAAGCCUUAAAACAAAUUCUAAAUUAAUAUAGUAAUGGUAUUCCAGCUUUUUAAUUGCUAUAAAUUCUUUAAUUACAUAUACAAAAUACAUUUGAAUAUACAUAAUUUGGUUGUUCUACUUUUGAAGAAUAUAUGGUUAAAUAUGCUGAGAAUUACUGUGAUGUGAUGAUUAAAAUGAAAGGGUGUAUAAUAUAUCCAAAAGGAUAUUCAUCUUUUAGAUCCUCUAUGCCAUAGUAAAAAAUGCAACUUGGAAUUCAUCAUCAGAAAUCCUAAUCAACUACACUCCCUAGCUAUGCUUAAUAAUAAAGUAAUAGUAGUAGCUAAAUAAUUAAAGCAGACAGUAAUUGUUUAAUAAUAAUUUAGGCUUUUUAGCAGGUAUGUAAAAUCCUAGUUAAAUGAUUGGAGAUGUAUAAUCUUAAUCCCUAACAUUUUAAUCAUUUCAAACCAAUCCUUAAAAUAAAGAUUUUUUUAUGAUACAAGAAGAAAAUAGUCAUCAUGAACUUGAUGCUAAUGUUAGAUUUAUCGAAGAACUAUUAAAAGAAUCAGAUGAUGUUGAAUAAAAAAAACAUAAAGUUUAAAGAAGUCAUUAAACUCAUUAAGACAGUAAAUAAUUUUAGAGUUUGGGAUAAUGGCCAAUCUUAAAUUCAAAUGAAAAAAGAUGUCAUAAUAAAUACAAUACUUAUUAAUAUAGUCCAUAAUAAGACUUCUACUAGGGAUAAAAAGUUUCUUUAGAUCUUCAUAGUUGGGAUCAAGAUAACUGA